CUUCAGUGGGUCAGCUGUCACAGACCUCCAAGCCUGCUCGCAAGAUAGAGGCGCUAGCCGGGUGAUCUCAUUCAACGCUCCACCUGAACGCGUUUGUAGGUUAUCCAGCAGUGGUAAAAGCCAUUGAGACGAGACAAGAAGACCCCGAGCAGCAACGAUGUCUAAGGACCCACAGGAAGGGAAGAGCGAUAAGAUCAUGGACGAGGAGACCAAAGCGUUGUGGUACCCAGACUCUAAGAAAAACACGCACAUGAACAGGUUCAGGGCACACAUCAAUAAGGAUUACGAUGUCGAUCUAGCCAACUACAAUGAUCUCUAUCAGUGGUCGGUGGACAGCUACCCAGACUUCUGGGCCGAAGUCUGGAGUUUCUGUGGCAUCGUCAGCUCCAGCCCGUAUGAGGAGGUGAUCGAUGUGACCAAGCGGGUGUCGGACGUUCCUGAGUGGUUCAAAGGAGCCAGGCUCAACUAUGCAGAGAACCUGCUGAAACACACAGACCUGGACAAGGUGGCGCUCUACGCUUCCAUGGAGUCUAACGAGGAGGUAACCAAGGUGACGUUUGGGGAGCUGCGGCGGGACGUGGCCCUGUUUGCGGCGGCCAUGAGGAAGAUGGGCGUGCAGACGGGGGACCGGGUCGUAGGUUACCUGCCUAACGGCGUCCAUGCGGUGGAGGCCAUGUUGGCCGCCGCCAGCAUCGGAGCCAUCUGGAGCUCCACCUCCGUGGACUUUGGAGUCAACGGCGUUCUGGACCGGUUUUCCCAGAUCCAGCCGAAGCUGAUCUUCUCAGUGGCGGCGGUCAUCUACAACGGCAAGACCCACGACCACAUGGAGAAGCUGACCAGUGUGGUCAAAGGACUGCCUGACCUGAAUAAAGUGGUGGUGAUUCCCUAUGCACGCACCAAAGAGGAGACAGACAUCUCAAAGAUCCCCAACAGUGUGUUUCUGGAUGAAUUCCUGGCCUAUGGAAUGGGCGAGGGAGACCAGUUUCCCCAGCUGGAGUUUGAGCAGCUGCCCUUCAACCACCCGCUGCUCAUCAUGUACUCCUCUGGGACCACUGGCGCCCCCAAGUGUAUGGUCCACUCUGCUGGGGGGACACUUAUUCAACAUCUCAAAGAACACAUUCUCCAUGGCAACAUGACCAGCAGCGAUGUCAUCAUCUAUUACACCACGACGGGCUGGAUGAUGUGGAACUGGAUGCAAAGCAUAUUAGUCAAAUCAGUGAAACUGAGGUGGGAUUUGUCGGACCGUCUCAGCAUCACUAUCUUUGGUACUGGAGCCAAGUGGUUAUCUGUGUUGGAGGAGAGGAACCUGAAACCUGUGGAGACCCACAGUCUGCAGUCGCUCCACACCAUCCUGUCCACCGGUUCUCCUCUGAAGCCCACGAGCUACGACUACGUCUAUGGCUGCAUCAAGAGCACUGUGCUGCUGGGCUCCAUCUCAGGCGGUACAGACAUUGUGUCGUGUUUCAUGGGUCAGAACCCCAGCGUCCCGGUGUACCGCGGUGAGAUCCAGUCCAGGAACCUUGGCAUGGCAGUGGAGGCCUGGAGCUCUGAAGGUAAGCCAGUGUGGGGGGAGAGUGGGGAGCUGGUGUGUCUGAAGCCCCUCCCCUGCCAGCCCACACACUUCUGGAAUGACGACAGCGGCGCAAAGUACCACAAAGCCUACUUCUCUACAUACCCAGGUGUGUGGGCCCAUGGGGACUACUGCCAGAUCAACCCUAAGACCGGAGGCCUUGUCAUGCUGGGGAGAAGCGACGGGACCCUGAACCCCAACGGAGUGCGUUUUGGAAGUUCGGAGAUCUACAACAUUGUGGAGGCCUUCGAGGAGGUGUGUGACAGCCUGUGUGUCCCCCAGUACAACGCGGACGGGGAGGAGCGGGUCAUCCUGUUCCUGAAGAUGGCCCCCGGCGAGGCCUUCUGCCCGGCCCUCCAGCAGCGCAUCAGGGGCCACAUCCGGAGGGCCCUGUCGGCCCGCCACGUCCCCGCCCUGCUCCUGGAGACCAGGGACAUACCGUACACCCUGAGUGGGAAGAAGGUGGAGGUGGCGGUGAAGCAGGUCCUGGCCGGCCGCGAGGUCACCCAGAGGGGGGCCUUCUCCAACCCCGACUCCCUGGACCUCUACAAGAACAUUCCAGAGCUGCAGAACUACUGAAGGAGGAGGACGCAGGGGUCCCCUGGUCCAGAGCCCGCACCCCCAGACCACAGACGGGGACGGGGUCUGGGGGUACAAUUCCAAAAGGAAUAUUUUUUUAUUUCUACACUGGGAGAGACUUUUAUUUGUUGACUGGAUCUGCUGAGGCAUACCCAACAACAAAACGAUACAUAUUUUUAUGCGAUAUGUUUGAAAUAAUAAUGCAUUCAAUGUAUGGAUCAGGUGGAGAAUUUUAUGUUACUUGGUCUACAGCUUGCUGGCUCUCCGUGCUUGUGAUCAAAACAUUGUGCUUCGAAUGAGUUCAUAAUGCAAUCUGCACACAGAAGAAGAGAAGAUAAUUGAUAUCUAGUGAGCAUCUUUUAUUUUUAAUUCAUACAAACCAGUGGGCUCUCGAGUCCCAGUGCCCCCCUCCCCCCCUUCCUAAUGGGACCAACAAAAACUUAGUGUGUAAGGUACAUACACAUUUCUGAAAGCCGUCGGCAAGCCUUAGCUUCCGCUGGUAAUGCCACGUUGUGGUGAGUUAGUUUUUAAUUUAGUCAUUGUAGAUUGUGCUACUAGUUAUUCUAUCUCACUAACUACUUCUGGUUUGUCCAUAGCAGAACAUUGUUCUGUUAGUUUUAAGUGCAUCAUGGUCUUGGUACUCAAUUUAGAUGUAGAUCCGUACAGGUGUAUUCAUGUGAACCUCAAAAAUACCUGUAACCUGAAGGUUACACUCCUCAGAGUGUCGAGGUGUCCCUGAGCAAGACCCCUCACCCUGACUGCUCCCGACGAGCUGGCUGUCGCCGUGUGUGGUUGACUCCGCCGUCGGUGUGUGAAUGUGUGUAUGAAUGGUCGCCUUGGACAAAAGCGUCUAAUGAAUGCCCUGAAUAUAAAUAUAAUAACUAAAUCCUGAAACUGUUUCUGUGUGAAUAUUAUGCCAACGCUUAGGAGAGAACAAUUUUGCAUGGUAACAAAAAAUAAGUGGGACCACUGAUUGAAAGGGAAGAACCAAAGACGUGGUUUCAAUUCAACUGUGUGCAUGUAAACAUCUUGUUUUAUUUGCCUAGCAUGUGUUUCGGUCCGGUAUUGACUUUAAAGUUUUUCUCAGUCGCUUUGGUACAUUUCUCGAAUCAUCCUCAACAUUUGCAAAACCGCUAAUGUAUUUCUCAAAACAAUUCAUACAAAUAGCAAAACACCAUGGAUUUAUUGCAAAAGCCAGUCUCUUGCUCAAAAUCGUUAGUUC